AACCCCAGAGAGAGAGAGAGAGAGAGGUGCACUGUUAAACUUUUAAGAAAAUCAUGUUAAAAUAUGGUUUAUUUUCUACAUGACAGAAUCAGAAGAAGUUGAACUUUCUUCUUGGAAGUAAAGGUACAUCACAAAUAUUUUCCAAGCCAAAAGAUUUUGUUUUCUGAAUGUAUCUGAGGAAAUAGGCAUAAGCCUACAAAAGUUUACGCUACCGACUUCAUUCUCAGUUGUCUCUCACAUGCUUCAUUAUCCCUUUGCAUACUGAUAUGUAUUCUAAUGUGUACAUUUGGUUUUAGUUUAUGUAUAAGUUCAUGUGUGAGUGUGUCAGUUCAAAGGUAUUUUCUAUUUCAGUGCUUCCUCAACUCUGAUGUGGAGGACAAACAGUUUCCCCCCAAGUGUGCCAGAGAGCCUCUUACCAUGUUUUACCCAUUGCCUACAGUUAUUUAUUUCUUUUCUGGAGGCUCACCAGGGACUGGCAGCCAAUGGUUCAGGGAUCAACACUGGUCCAUGGACCGGUGCUUGAUGUAACAAUGCUCUGUUUCACAAAACCCAGGGAAUAGCCUUGGAAACACAGUGCCUUCCUGCCUGCCCUACUGUUUGUUGAUCACAACCAGACUUGUUUUGAAAGGGAGCCAAUAAUUUGUCUGUUGCCUGAAUGUAAUCAUCCUUCUCACACUGCUUCUAGUACUAUGUUGUCUUGUCACCUGGCAAAAAGUCCCUGACCUAACAUCAGGGCUCUUUGCUUUAUCCUAUUCAUUAACCCAAUUGCACUGACCACUGCACUCUUCCUUUGGGUUUCAUUCUCUGAAAAUGUUUUCUUCACUUCCUCUUUUAAUUGUUCCAGCUCUUGUAUCGUUUUUGCUUUAUCAUGCUUUGUCAUAGGGAUAAGAUUUACAGCCUGUUCUGGUGUACAAAUGAGGAGUGGCUGACAAGUGUUCAUUUUACUGGCUUGUGUGAAGGAAAAUUGAAGGUCUCCAUUUGGAAUCCCACACCUGAGACCCUCAUCUCUUUUUUUGUCAGAGUUUUUACAUUAUAUAAUUUCUUAAGUGACAACAAGUAAGUGUAAGAAUCAGGGCCAACAAGCAUUAAGUGUCAAACCACCUGGCUAGCAUUGAGCAAUCUACAGCCAGGGUGGAAUAACUGUAAACUUACUAAAGAAACACAAGCUUCUGUGUUGAUGUUGUUGGUGAUGUUGUUGCUGUGUACUGUUGGUGAUGAAGCUACAAAGAAACUGAAGGAUUGGUGAAGUAAAUCAGAGAGAGCCUUUUGCCAAGAAGAAAUGAACUAAUUGAGAGUAUCAGGAGGAAGGGCCGGAGAAGAGACAAGAUCUUCUGCUACACAUAUCACCUUCCAGGAGCAGCUCUUCUGUCCCCUUUCACUGAAAUGUACUAUGGAACAUGCUGGAGAAGAUGAAAUAUGCCAUGCAUCAGACCAGAGGUAUUGUGUGGAGAGGCGAGUGUAUAACCAAGGAACCCUACAGGAGCAGCUACACAAAAAGGAAAAGGCACCUCUGCCUCUCAGUCAGAAGAUAGCACAUGCUUGUCGAUGUUCUUCAAAGAAAGCAAGAUCUGUUCUCUUUAGUUUUUUCCCAAUUUUAACAUGGCUCCCCCGCUAUCCAGUGAGGGAGUAUUUACUUGGAGACAUUAUCUCAGGGAUAAGCACUGGGGUCAUGCAACUUCCUCAAGGUUUAGCAUAUGCAUUGCUGGCAGCCGUGCCCCCAGUUUUUGGCUUAUAUUCUUCAUUUUAUCCAGUCUUUCUGUACACUUUUUUUGGAACUUCUAGACAUAUAUCAAUAGGAACAUUUGCUGUCAUCAGCCUAAUGAUUGGUGGAGUUGCAGUCAGAGAAGCACCAGAUGAAAUGUUUGACAUUAUAGACACCAACUCUACCAACAGCUCAUAUGCUGAUAACUUUAAAGCUAGAGAUGACAUGAGGGUGAAAGUGGCUGUUGCAGUAACCUUGCUUUCAGGGAUCAUACAGUUGUGUUUAGGACUUCUUCGGUUUGGAUUUGUAGCCAUUUAUCUUACGGAGCCCCUGGUACGAGGAUUCACCACUGCUGCCGCCGUUCAUGUAUUUAGUUCACAGCUGAAGUACCUCCUUGGAGUUAAGACUAAAAGAUUCAGUGGACCCCUUUCCUUUUUUUAUAGUUUAAUCGCUGUGUUCACAAACAUCACAAAAACGAACAUUGCAGCUUUAGUUGUUGGACUAGUCUGUAUGGUUUUAUUGCUAAGUGGUAAGGAAAUCAAUGACCGCUUUAAGAAGAAGCUACCUGUUCCUAUCCCUAUGGAAAUAAUUGUGGUGGUAAUUGGCACUGGAGUUUCAGCUGGAAUGAAUUUGUCCCAGACAUAUGGAGUAGAUAUUGUUGGUAAUAUCCCUAAAGGAUUACGUCCUCCACAGGUACCAGAUAUCAGCCUCAUCCAGGCAGUAUUUGUGGAUGCAGUUGCAAUAGCCCUUGUUGGAUUUUCCAUGACAAUCUCAAUGGCCAAAAUUUUUGCUCUUAAGCAUGGCUAUAAAGUUGAUGGAAAUCAGGAACUCAUUGCAUUAGGCAUAUGCAACUCUACAGGAUCAUUUUUCCAGACCUUUGCUAUCACUUGUUCAAUGUCUCGGAGUCUUGUCCAAGAGGGCACUGGGGGAAAGACUCAGAUUGCUGGCACGCUGUCCUCCAUCAUGGUUUUCUUGGUUAUUGUUGCCAUUGGUUACCUCUUUGAACCCUUGCCACAGGCUGUGCUUGCAGCAAUUGUAAUGGUGAACCUGAAAGGCAUGUUCAAACAGUUUGGAGAUAUUCUUCAUUUCUGGCGGACCAGCAAGAUUGAACUGGCUAUCUGGAUUGUAGCUUUUCUAGCCUCUGUUUUUCUGGGACUAGACUACGGUUUGAUCACUGCAAUUGCUUUUGCAAUGAUCACCAUCGUGUACAGAACACAAAGCCCACAAUACAGAAUUCUUGGCCAGAUUCCUGACACAGACAUUUACUGUGAUAUGGAAGAAUAUGAAGAGGUGAAAGAAUGCCCUGGAAUCAAAAUAUUUCAAGCAAAUGCGUCACUCUAUUUUGCCAACAGUGAAUUAUAUAUCAAUGCACUAAAGAAAAAGACUGGCCUUGAUCCCUGUGCCAUAUUGACAGCAAGGAAAAAAGCACAGAAAAGACAUGCCAAGGAACUAAAGCGUGAGCGUAAGAAGACUGCAAUCUUGAAGAUGAGUAAUGACGUGGACAAUAGUGUGAAACAUGAAGUGAUGAAUGAUGAAUUACCCCUCAAUGGAAAAUUUGCAGAAGCGGCUCCACAGGAGUCCUCUCCAGAUGAACUUGAACAUUUUGUGAAGUCAAUGACCAGCAUUCACUCAAUCAUUUUGGAUUUUUCCCCAGUGAACUUUGUGGAUUCUGUUGGAGCCAAAGCUUUGAAAUCAAUUAUAAAAGAAUACGAAGAAAUUGGUGUUUCGGUGUAUAUAACUGGCUGCAAUGGAUCUGUUAUGGACAACCUUUGUAGACUGCACUUCUUUGACAAAGCUGGUGUAAAAGACUUACUCUUUCCCAGUAUCCAUGAUGCUGUACUCACCAGUCAACUGAAAGGCCUCUCUGCCUUACAGCCACCUUUAGACACUGUCAUUUGUACAUCUUAAAUUGUAUGGAGAUGCAUCCAUUGACUUCUGAGAGCUUUUCUUAUUUGCCUAAGACUAUAGCCGCUGUUACGGGUAUCUGACACAGAUGUGGAGCAGCUUGCAUUCUGCCAGAACACUUGUCUGAGGAAUUGGAGGCCUUAUACUUUCAAAACAUGUGCUUUUUAAUGAAUUUAUUUGAAACCUGAACUGGUGUACAAAUGUUUAUAUAGAAUCGGGGAGGCAUGUCCUUUCCUGUAAGUAUCCAAAAAUAUUUUGAACUUUUUCUCUUUUUGUUCAGAAAUGUGCCAGCAGAUGAUAGUGCACUAUGAAUAAAAAAUAUAUUGCACAGUAUAUUACUGGAAAAAGUAAAGAUGAAUUUAAAACCAGUGGUACUAACAUAGCCCUACUUUCUUCAUUGACAAUACUGUAUAUCCAAAUGCCUGUCUGGGAAAAGCAGAUACUUUAUUUGGAAACCUUGUAUCAACUACUGACCUACUGCUUGUACUGUAUAGGUGUCUUAAAACCCCUCCAUCAAUCUGGUGCCUUCCUACUGUGUUGAAUUACAGCUCCCAGAAUCCCAUGAAUAGUUCAUUGUGAAUUAUGGGAAUUGCAGUGCAACACAUGUCAGGAGUAAUGAGUUGGGAAAGGCUAUCUUAAAGGAUUUAAAACUAACUUACAAAGGCUUGUGCCACAUGACUUAUAAUAGCUUUUAGAAAUAUAUAAAGAACAACUUUUUGCAGCUAGGUUAUUUGCACUGCAGAGGCCCCAAGAUUAUUAUAAGCUGAAUAGUAAGAUGCGUGUGACUACUAUUUUGUGUGUUUUAUGUCUUCACUGGAUUAUGAGCCUGUUUGAGAAUUCAUUUUUGCUUGUCAGAUGUAAGAUAGGAUUCCCAUGUAAACGUAAGUUCAUUGAAAUGAACUUCUAGCUAGCUGGGAGUGAACAAAAGGAAGCAAUGUCACUGCCAGGCUGAAGAAACAAUUGGCAGUAAACUAGCCUCUGUGAACUGGAUCAACUUUAUAGGAUUGUAUUUAUUUAAUAUGCUGUGAAAGUUUUCAAAUGUCAUUAACACACUCUCAUAAAUGUAUACCGGGGUCCCCAAACUAAUGCCCGUGGGCCGGAUGUGGCCCUCCAAGGUCAUUUAUCUGGCCCCCACCCUCAGUUUUAGACUGAGGGUGGGGGCCCUAAGUCUGAAAUGACUUGAAGGCACACAACAACAACAAUCCUAAUUAACUUGACUUUCUCAUCAGCAAGAAGCAGUUCCACACUUCCCAUCGAAAUCCUGGUAGGUUUAUGUUGGUUAAAAUUGUUCUUAUUUUUAAAUAUUGUAUUCUUUCUUUUUUUCUCUCUUUUUUUUGCACUACAAAUACAGCAUGUGCAGUGUGCAUAGGAAUUUGUUCGUACUUUUUUUCAAACUAUAGUCCGGCCCCCCAACACUCUGAGGGACCAUGGACUGACCCUCUGCUUUAAAGGUUUGAGGACCCCUGGUGUAUACCUUCGCUAAAAUCCACCAGCAACACUGGCAUGCCAUAAAUCUUCACCAACGUUGUUAUUCUGGGCUUCACCCUGCUGUGUGGCACAGUUUGUCGAGGCUAUAACAUUUUCCCAGUAAGUGGCUGGAAGUGUGGGAGGUGUACAGUCACCAUCCACCUGCAGUUAGGAAGAUAUGAAGAGGCUUUAUCCUCCAAGGCCUUUCGCAUUAUAUUCUGUACUGAAAGUCCAGUGAGUCAGAAGUGUCCCUUUCCCACCAGCUGCCGAAAGGCAGGUGCUCCCCUUUUCUCUGGAGGUUCUUUGACUUUGGGGGUACAUUGUGCUGAGGGAGGUGGAGCAUUGCACAAGGAGGUGGUGGGUACAGAUUGAGCAUCCCUUAUCCAAAAUGCUUUGAAUAAGUGUGCCUCGUUUCAGAUUUUUUUCAGAUUUUGGAUAUGCACUAUCUUAGAAAUGGACCCUAAGCCUAAAUACAAAAUUCAUUUGUUUCAUAUACACCUUAUACACAUACCUGAAGGCAGUUUUAUACACUAUAUUUUUUAGAAUUUUGUACAUGGGACAAAGCUUGGGUACUCUGAAUCAUCAGAAAGCAAAGAUCACUAUCUCAGCCAACUGUAUGGAUGAUAUCGAACUAUUUUGGAUUUCCAGAUAAGGGAUACUCAAUUUGUAUCUCUCUUAAUGACAUUCAGCAACGUACAUAUACCAGAGUCAGUAACAGGCUCCUGGUCUGUAUCAUCUGACAUUUCACUUACAGCAAUCCCUUUCUGAGCAUGAUCCUGAAAUUUAGUGUGGAUUUUGGGGGCGGGGGGGAGCUACCUUUAUUGUUUGCUAUUUGUUGCUGUUUUGCACUCUAUCCUAAGACAAAGGUCAUUUUAGGCAAGAGCACAUAUGGAUGGGCAAUACAUGUUUUAGUAUGAUCUCAUCCCCCUUCCCUCCCACAUGUAAGCUCCUUAUUAUCUGGCUAGGUGUUCAAUGGCCAAGGGAAGAUGAUGAACAGUCAACUAUAGAUAAAUUAUGCCGCCUUCCUGGAUGCCAGACCACACUGAGCUCCUCUGUUUUUCCCUUUGGGUGGCUGCAGGAAAGAAGCUAGCUUCCCCUAGCCAUUAAAUGUUUUGGACUGUGGGUGCACCAUUAAGGUACUCAAAUCCUCAACCCGUCACAACCAAAAGUUACAUUUAUGUCACUGAACAUGGUUAUGAACCAACUAAAGUGCAGUAUUUUUGAGGGCCAGUGCUUUGAAUAAGAGAAUCAGUCUUAAAUUAUUCCAACUGAAGGGAUCAGUGGAAUUAUCAUCUUGCUAAAUCCUGUAAUGUACUAGUAUUACUAUUUAUUUUUUUAAAAAGAGAAGUACAGUAGAGUCUCACUUAUCCAAGCUAAAUGGGCUGGCAGAAGCUUGGAUAAGCGAAUAUCUUGGAUAAUAAGGAGGGAUUAAGGAAAAGCCUAUUAAACAUCAAAUUAGGUUAUUUUACAAUUUAAGCACCAAAACAUCAUGUUAUACAACAAAUUUGACAGAAAAAGUAGUUCAAUACGCAAUAAUGUUAUGUUGUAAUUACUGUAUUUACAAAUUUAGUACCAAAAUAUCACGAUAUAUUGAAAACAUUGACUACAAAAAUGGCUUGGAUAAUCCAGAAGCUUGGAUAAGUGAAGCUUGGGUAAGUGAGACUCUACUGUAUGUGCAAACCAAAAAUCCUUCUAAUUUAUGGGCUCCCUGGAAGUCUCAAUGCUAUCAUCAUCCAUCGUUGGUAUCCUUGACCAUUACAUGAAAAUAAAAUCAUUUAGUAACUUCUUAGAAAGCCGUUUUACAAGGUGUAAAACAUAAAUGCUGAUUCCUGAAAUCAGAAGUUUGACUACUUAUUCAAUUUAGUUUCCAUUUGUACUGAUGCUUAGUUUUGUUGUAUAGAAAUGGAAAGAAGAAAUAUUUUUCCAUUUUAUAUUUGAGAUGACUUCACUUUUGAAACAGAUAGGAAUUCCUGGGCCUUCCCUAGAAUGCAUUGUGUGCACAUGUAGACAGGUGAUUUUGAUACAUUUUGUAACAUGGAUUCUGAUGGCUCUUUUGUGUCCAUGUACACUACAGUGUAUUUUGCCUACUACCUGCUUACAGUGCUACUUGUUUCUUUUUAUAAACAAAUGUGUCAUUUACUGUGUCAAGUGUAAAAAUCCAAAAUUAAAAGCCAUUCAGAACUGUU